CUCGGAGCCGGGUUGGGGUGGGGAUGGCAGUGCCGGACAGGCUCAUGUCAACGUUUGCCCAAAGCAGUGAAGGUUUCCGUUGGGAGGAAAAAAGGGAAUGCAAACUUGAGACUUGUGAAGCUGCGGGGAAGCCUGGAACUAGAGUGCAGGCACCGGGGCGACGGGUCCUGCAGGCAAAGGGGCUGCCCCUCGAGGGCAAGGCACCCAAGGACCCCUGUUGACAAACACUGGGUACGUUGCUGGGCGGCCCUGGCUCCCGUAGGCCCAGGCUGUUGCUAACAUCAAGGAGCUGUUUAUGGAGCCGCCUCCCCACGGACCAGCUUCCAGUGUCCCUAUCUACUCUCGCUACAACCAAAGCUCAUGGGGCCUUCGCUCCAGGGUCCUCACCCUACCUAGGCCUGGGAAGCUUGAGCUGGGGAAUGCUAAGCAGGAUUCAGCUCUCACCGCCCCGGCCCGGCGGGGAGGGCAGCGCCAAAUACCGCAGCUCACCCUAACCUGGCACGGAACGUGUUAACCUCCGGCUCUACGGAGCGGCCCCUGAAACCCGCGGUCCCUCCGCCUAUGCUGGGGAGCCAUGGCCAGCUCAGUGUUUUCAUUGGUGAAUGUGAUCCGGGGCCUUCCAAGACCCACCAAUCCAGAAGCAGGAAAGAUAGGCUCGGGAGCGUGCCGCGAGAAUAGAGUGGAUGGAGCCUCGGAGAGGCCGAAAGGGUUGGGAGCGGAGGUGGCGACUCGGAGUCCUAGGCCUAGUGAGGCGUGGGAGGCAGAGCGCCCCAGAACUCAGGCGGCCAGUCGGCGCCCGGAACCCGGCGCCGGCAGAUAGGGUGGGUGUGGCCCUUAUCUGCCUCCCCGCGGAGCGCUGGGUGGACGAAGUCUUGAGACCUCUUUUUCUUUCUCCCUCAUUUUCUCUCGUCCCUCUCGUGGCUUCCCAAUGGGUCGGACCGUGGUCGUCCUGGGCGGAGGCAUCAGCGGCUUGGCCGCGAGUUACCACCUGUGCCGGGCCCCUUGUCCACCCAAGGUGGUCCUGGUGGAGGGCAGCGAGCGUCUGGGAGGCUGGAUCCGCUCAGUCCGAGGUCCAGAUGGUGCUAUCUUUGAACUUGGACCUCGAGGAAUUCGGCCAGCGGGAGCUCUGGGAGCCCGGACCUUGCUCAUGGUUUCUGAGCUUGGCUUGGACUCAGAAGUGUUACCUGUCCGGGGAGACCAUCCAGCUGCCCAGAACAGGUUCCUGUAUGUAGGCGGUGCUCUGCACGCCCUGCCCUCUGGCCUCAGGGGGCUACUCCGCGCUUCACCUCCCUUCUCCAAACCGCUGCUCUGGGCGGGGCUGAGGGAGUUGAUCACGCCCCCAGGCAAAGACCCUGAUGAGACUGUGCACAGUUUUACCCAGCGCCGCCUUGGACCUGAGGUGGCGUCUCUAGCCAUGGACAGUCUCUGCCGUGGAGUGUUUGCAGGCAACAGCCGUGAGCUCAGCAUCAGGUCCUGCUUUCCCAGUCUCUUCCAAGCUGAGCAAACACAUCGUUCCGUAUUACUGGGGCUGCUGCUGGGGGCAGGGCAGAGACCGCAGCCAGACUCAGCACUCAUUCGCCAGGCCCGAGCCGAGCGCUGGAGCCAGUGGUCACUCCGUGGAGGACUGGAGAGGUUGCCCCAGGCCCUUAAUACCCACCUGACUAGUAGGGGGGUCAGUGUUCUCAGAGGCCAGCCAGUGUGUGGGCUUAGCCUCCAGGCAGAAGGGCGCUGGAAGGUGUCUCUAGGGGACAGCAGCCUGGAGGCUGACCACAUCAUUAGUACUGUUCCAGCUUCAGUGCUGAGCAAGCUACUCCCUGCUGAGGCUGCACCUCUGGCUCAUGCCCUGAGUACCAUCACUGCAGUAUCUGUGGCGGUGGUGAAUCUGCAGUACCGAGGAGCUCGUCUACCUGUCCAGGGAUUUGGACAUUUGGUGCCAUCCUCAGAAGACCCAGGCAUCCUGGGAAUUGUGUACGACUCAGUUGCUUUCCCUGAGCAGGAUGGGAGCCCCCCUGGCCUCAGAGUGACUGUGAUGCUGGGAGGUUCCUGGUUACAGACACUGGAAGCCAGGGGCUCUGUCUUAUCUCGGGAGCUAUUCCAACAGCAAGCACAGGAAGCAGCUGCCACACAAUUAGGACUGAAGGAGCCACCAAGUCACUGCUUGGUCCAUCUACACAAGAACUGCAUCCCCCAGUAUACACUAGGCCACUGGCAAAAACUGGAGUCAGCUACCCAAUUCCUGGCUGCUCAAAGGCUGCCCCUCACUCUGGCCGGAGCCUCCUAUGAGGGGGUUGCUGUCAAUGACUGUAUAGAGAGUGGGCGCCAGGCAGCAGUCCGGGUCCUGGGCACAGAACCUAAUAGCUAAUAACCUAAUAGCUAAUAGCUCUCACUUCUUCCUGCCCCUGCUGGCAGGGAUUCUCUCACUCAUGAAAAUAAAAGUCGCUGGAGCUUG